AAGAUAAACAGAUCACGUUAUUGGUUAUAAAUCGUGCUUUCGUUGUUCCUACAUUCACAACUUGUCACUAAUCGGUCUGUCGUCCUCUGGAUUUGGAGAGAUGGAGUUCGGACAAUUUUUUCGCUGUCUCCUGGGUGUCGCUAUAUUGCCCACUGUUGUGAAUAGUGUGGUAACCUUGACCACACCUGCCCAUCACACACAGCCCAUUGGACAAGACCACUUGUUGAUAGUUUUGAAAGCUAUGCAUCAGUCUGAUACCUUUCAUCAGCUUCCAACUCAAGACAAAAUUUUCUUGGUGGAACUACUUGCAGCUGCGGAGGUGGAUGCAGUGACCCAUUUCAUCGACACUGUUGGAUUUAAUAGAUUCCUUGUCUUUCUAGACGCGGUGACGAAACUGAACGCCACAGAAGCCCAUUUAUUGGAACAUUACAUAAUUCAGGAGCUGAACCAAGAGACUCCAGAUGGUUCCGGUUCCAGUGUUGUUGGAAGGAAGAGGGAUCUAGCAUCAAUCCUAGCUAUGGUACAAAACAAUCCCGCUGCACAGUCCCUCCCUGCUGAUGACAAGGCUUUGUUGGAAGAGCUUAUAAGGGCCACUGAAUCACACACCCUGACUCCUGUCAUUCACAGAGAAGGAUACGCUAAGAUUGUUCAACUUAUUGAAGACAUUGGCACUGUGACUGAAACACACACUUUCAUUUCUUACUUGGUUGCACAUUUGAAUAAGGAGGCUGCUCAUCACUCGACGACUUAGAUGUAUGGACACAUUUUCUGAAUUAAACAUAUUUAAAAUCCC